AUGGACGACGCGUGCCCGGUGCCGCGGGAUCAGCGGCCGCGGGCGCAGUACGAGGAGCUCAGGGACGGGGUGGUGCAGUCGUGGCCGACGCGCGGCGCGGCCGGCUACGCGGCGCGCGUGACGGGGCUGUUUGGGUUCUUUUACGGCGUCGUCGCGUACCCGAUCGCGUGUGAGUCGUACGAUCCGACGAGUCAGUUCACGGAGACGUGCGUGAGCGCGCUCGUGGGGGCGUCGGGAGCGACGGCGGCGAUGGUGUUGAACAUGUACAACGGGUGGUCGUACGUGCGCGACAGGUUGUUGAGCGCGACGGUGGAGUACGAGGAGACGGGGUGGUACGAUGGGCAGGUGUACGUGAAGGAUCCGGAGAUGCUGGCGAGGGAUAGACUUUUGGGGACGUACACCGUGCGACCGGUGGUGGAGAUGUUGAGGAAAACGUUGAUUGGGUGCGGGGCGACGGCGAUGAUUUCGCUGCUCGCGCUGCGAGUCAUCGACGCGCCGAGCGGGCAGGGUCGAGGCGAUUUCGGCGCGCAACAAGGGUAUUACUCCGAGACGUCCGCGGCGAAAUAUGAAGAAGACGAGGAGGAGGAGGAAGACAUGGAGCAAAUGCAAGCGAGCGCGUUUCGUUGGUCUUCUGACGCGGACGCUCCGGCGAUCGAGAUUUCCAGAGAAUGA